AAAGCCAAAGGAACGCCCCUUUCCUUAAUUCUGCUGACUUAGCAAAAAGGCAGCAUGGCAAAACCCCAAGAAGAGGAGCUAACAGAAAAAGUGGAUGGCUUUGUCACAUACCUCAAACAAAAGAACCGGCUUCACAGCUCCUACGAUGUAGCCAAGCGCACUGUACUUCUCAUGAGAGAGAUCUGCUCUAAAACCAAAUGGGCCAGUGCAGACGAACUGAUGUAUCGAAUGAGAGUGGCUGGAAAGAAACUUGUUGAAGCUCAACCCAGUGAGAAUGCUGUAGGUAACAUGGUCCGCCGGGUGCUUAAGAUAACAAGAGAGGAACAUGCCAGUUGUAUUGGUGAGAGUGAAGACUUGGACAUAAAGGACUCUCUCCAUACUCUACUGCACGGAGAAGUUGAUCAAAGUAAUUUUUCCAAGCCUGUGCUCAAUCUCAAGGGUAGCGUGAUAGAGACCAUGAAUGAGCUCUUGGAUGAGCUGGAAGGAGGUGCCUCCAACAUAGCCUCACAGGCUCUAGACCACAUCCACUCCAGUGAGGUCAUCAUGACUGCAGGCUACUCAAAAACAGUAGAGGCCUUCCUCAAGGCUGCUGCAAGGAAGAGGAAAUUUGAGGUGAUAGUUGCCGAGUCAGCACCGUCAUAUCAGGGCCAGGAACUAGCCACUAAACUAGCCCAGGACGGUAUUCAAACCACGGUCAUUACCGACUCAGCUGUCUUCGCUAUCAUGUCACGAGUCAACAAGGUUAUCAUAGGUACACACACAGUUAUGGCUGAUGGAGGACUGAAAGCCUUGAAUGGUGCUCAUCAACUGGCUCUAGCUGCCAAGCACCAUUCUAUACCAGUUCUAGUUUGUGCGGCAUUGUUCAAGUUCUCUCCGGAGUAUCUCUGCUCUUAUGACCAAGACACCUUUAACAAGAUUGUGGCACCACAUGAUGUCCUCAGUUUCACCGAUGGCGAGUUCGUUUCAAAGGUGCACGUCCAGAACCCUGUGUUCGACUUUGUCCCUCCUGACCUCAUCACACUCUUUAUAUCAAACAUUGGUGGGAGUGCUCCUUCGUACAUCUACCGACUCAUCAGUGAUUUGUACCAUGCCGAUGACAAAGACUUGUGAUUAGUGCUUCUACAUAUACAGGUAUCAACUAGUUUGUGAAAUGAAACAUUGUCUAUCUGUUAUACAUGCAUGCAUUUUGCAUAUCAAUAUUGUUUGUACAGA